GGCAGAGUGCGCCGUCGGCGUCCCCUCCCUCAGUGGAUGUCCGUUAAUGGCGCUCGGGGCUCAGCAGCUAGGCCGGUUCUUCUCCUCCUCCUCGCCGGGUAGGGAAAGACCGACAAGGGGACGAAGGACGGAAGCGCCGCCACCGCCAGGGCGGUGAGGAGGAGAGGCGCCAGGUCUUCCUGCUGCCAUGGGGGCACAGGAUCGGCCUCAGUGCUUCUUUGACAUCGAAAUCAAUCGAGAGCCAGUUGGUCGUAUUAUGUUUCAACUUUUCUCGGAUGUGUGUCCAAGGACUUGCAAAAACUUCCUCUGCCUAUGUACAGGUGAAAAAGGAAUUGGGAAAACAACUAGGAAAAAACUGUGUUACGAAGGCUCUACGUUCCACCGUGUGGUUAAAAACUUCAUGAUUCAAGGUGGAGAUUUUAGCGAAGGUGAUGGGAAAGGAGGUGAAUCUAUUUAUGGUGGAUAUUUUAAAGAGAAUGUGGUCUUUUGCAAAAUGAAAAGAUGAAAACUUUAUUCUGAAACACGACAGAGCCUUCCUUUUGUCAAUGGCAAACAGAGGGAAACAUACAAAUGGUUCCCAGUUUUUCAUGUAAGUAUUUCUGCUUUGAGAGCUUGGCUUUUCUUAAACGGAGAAGCGCUAUUCAUGAGAAAGAUGGUAUUGCUGGUCUUUGAGCAAACAGACAAGAGGCUAUAGACAUUUGGUAUAUUUUUCCUGCUUAUCUUUUCGCAUUUUUUUUUAAUCCCGAGGGUUUUGAGUGUCUAUGCUCUUCCAGAUUACUUAGUUUGCUUAAUGUCUUUAGUGUAUAAACAUGAUGAUACUUUUUAAAAAGUGUAUACUUCAUAUACUCAACACUUGAGUAUUCUGGCCAAAGUUUAUUUACAAGCCAGAGAAAAAGUGUGUUUCAAAGAUGGAAGUUCUUUUUGAGAGGGCUUGAUUUGGCCAGUUCGGUGUGUUUUUUAGCACGCCAUACAAUAUAUGCAUACCCAUAGAUUUUUCUGCUGACAUUGUGAAUCCUUGAGUUAGAUUUGAACUAUCGUAUAUUACAUGACUGAAAAAGUAUUCUCCGGCUUUUUGUUACAAACCUUAUUCCAGUUUCAUAAUUACGCGAUGAAUAUUUGACUGACUAAACACCACAGUCAGGACAAAGAGGUUUAGAAGUAAGUCACAUCCCUGUUAGACUGAAGUUAGCAAAUUAGCUGCCGUGUAGCUCUUGAUCUACUUACGUUUAUUUCUGUGUUCUCUUUUUUUUUCCCCAAAUAUCUACCGUUCUUAAUAUUUACAAAAUAAAAACCCAGGGCCACCCCUUCCCAUAUUAAGUCACUUGGAUUUCAGUUUGAAGAAGAGGAUUUUCGUUGCAGCAUAUCUUUAGUUUGAUAUAUAUCAGGCACUUUAGUAGACUCACCCUCCAAUGUUCUCUGUAAAACUUUGCCAUCUUUCUUAAUGAAGUAAGAAUGAAUGGCGCUUCAUUGCCUUGUUGAAGAAAAACAUUGUGCAGAAGAACUAAACAUCCUUGCUUGAACAGAUACUUUUUCCCAUGACUGAAUGAGGUUCAGAUAAGAGGCAUAUUUAGGUUGUAUCCUAAAGAAUGUCCCAAAAAUGGAAAGCAGAUAUAACCACAAGAAGGAUUUGAUGUCUGUUUUGCUGGGGAAUGGGGGGUGGGUUUGUAGCGACUUGUUUGUGCUCAAAUAUAGCAGGAAAACGGCUUUUGUUGCAACUUCUGACUUACAGAAAUCCUACGCAAAUGCAGUGAAUUGAAAUAAACAGUUCACUAUCAUUGCCACUUUUAUGCCUUUAUUGAUACUUUUCCAUUUUUUAAGCUUAUCUGAACUUGAAAAAGCUGCAAUUGCUGGUACACUCAUCGAGAAACUUCCAAAGGGCUCUAAAGUUUCUUUCAUCUCGCAAUGCAAUAUGUAUGCCAGUGUUGCCUUAAGAGGAGAGAGGAAGGCGCUUGCGUUUUAUAAGUCACCUUCUAAAAAAGAUAAUGCCAAGAGUUUAACUUGUUGGCAAAAGUAUAUUAAAUGCUCUUUAUAAAUAGGUUUACAGUGUGGCUUAUUCCAAGAGCUCAGAGUGAGCUAAUGUAGGCAGAGAGCAAAAGGUCGUGUGGUUAGGUAGGGUAGAAAUUACUGAGUGUCCUUUCAUGUUUUCUGGUUGUAACCCAUUUAUUACUUUGACUCAGCUCCUAAAAUAGUCAGUAGACUAGCAUGAACGGAUUCUGCCCUGAUUGAACCCUGCUUCAUCUGGGAGAAAGUGAGAUGGUGCAGCAAUUUGAGAGGGCUGGGGAGAUACAUAUUUAGUUUUUAUACCUGAAUUAAGGAGGAGAGGAUGGACUUCUCUGGACCAUCAUGUGGUCAGCAGACCCUUGCAAAUCCUUCAUUUCAUUUGAAACUCCUGAGUGCUCUGUGCACUGA